UAGAUAUGUGUAUGGACAUUAAAGAUAGCAAUAACGACGCGUUCAAACAUUUUAUUGUUAUUCACUUGUUUUCUGCCAAUUAUUAAAUGGAAAUUGUUCUGUAGCCUAUUUUAAUUAUUUUUUUUUGUUAUCAAUUUAGUAUUCCAUCUGCUGUCGGGAAAAAACAGAUUAUUUUCCUGUUGCUUUUGAACAUUCCAAUACAUACGUAAUAUAGGUAUACAUAGAUUUUAAACAUAUGUAAAUAGAUUGACAAUAAACAUGUCGGAGACAAGCACAUAUAAUGCCCAUCGAAAGCCCACCCAUAAUAAGACAGUAACUGCCAAUUGUACAAGUUUAUCGUUUGCAAGAACAAUCGAAAGCUGGGCAUUUCGUUUUGUAAACAUUAUUGCCCGAUUUAUAUUUCAAUUAGUUUAUGGAGUUAAAGGAAAAUCUAUGCCAGCCAUUACUGAUCCAAUUCUAUUGGAAUCGGCAAGUUCAUUGGCUCAAAAGAUUCGAAAACAAGAGCUAACAAGUGUACAAGUUUUGGAAUCUUUCAUUCGUCGAAUUAGAGAUGUUAAUCCAUUAUUAAACUGUGUAGUAGACGAACGAUUCGAAGACGCAAUGAAAGAAGCUGAAGAAGCAGAUAAUUUAAUUAAAUCUGGAAAAUUAUCUGUAAAUGAAUUGGAAAAGGAAAAACCGUUUUUAGGAGUUCCGAUAUCAACAAAAGAUUGUAUAGCCGUUAAGGGUUUGUUGCACACUUCUGGCCUGUAUGAACGGAAAAAUGUUAGAGCCGAAAAAGAUGCCGAAACAAUUGCCUUAAUGCGUCGGGCUGGAGCUAUCCCCUUUGCUUUAACUAAUGUUUCGGAAGUUUGUAUGUGGUGGGAAAGCAAUAAUACAGUACAUGGACGCAGUCGUAAUCCAUACGAUACAAAUCGAAUUGUUGGAGGUUCGAGUGGCGGUGAAGGAUGUAUACAGGCGGCAGCUGCAUCCCCCUUUGGAUUAGGGUCCGAUAUAGGAGGAUCCAUUCGUAUGCCUUCCUUUUUUAAUGGCAUAUUUGGUCACAAACCCUCAAAAUUUGUAGUAUCCAAUGAAGGACAAUUUCCCAUUCCUUUUUCUGAAGAACAAAAUUCGUUUUUGGGUAUUGGACCUAUGGUAAGACAUGCUGAAGAUUUAAAGCCUGUCCUGAAGAUUAUUGCCGGCGAAAAGGCAUCUUUGUUGAAACUUGAUGAACCAGUCGAUUUGCAGAAGCUCAAGUUCUUUUAUAAAGAAGACGAUGGUGGUGGUCGUUUAGUUUCCCCAGUUGAUAAGGAUAUCAAAGAAGGCAUUUAUCGUAUUGUUGACCAUUUGCAGAACAAACUUAAGGUUUCCGUUGAAAAAGCUCAGUUACCACAAUUUCGUCAAUCUGCUACAAUAUGGUUCGCUAAUAUGAAGGACGAUUCCGGAUAUGGUUUCGAACAUCAAUUAGGGAAUUUAAAAUAUGCCAUCAAUCCUUAUAUCGAAUUGUUGAAAUGGUUUAUAGGGGUAUCGAAACAUACAUUUAUUGGACUACUCACUGCUAUCUUGGAUAAAUCUCAAUGUCAAUUUGGAUCUCCUAAAUAUUAUCAUUUGGUUAAGAAACGCAAUGAAUUGCGCGAAGAAAUGCAGAAACUUCUUGGUGAUAAUGGCGUCCUCAUAUAUCCAACUCAUCCCACCGUAGCUCCUUAUCACAAUGAACCCAUAAUAAGACCUAUUAACUUUUCCUAUACUGGUAUUAUUAAUGUUUUGGGAUUUCCUGCAACAGCUGUGCCUUUGGGUACUUUGGGAUCUGAAGGCCUACCUAUUGGCGUUCAAGUUAUAGCUAAUUUUAAUCAGGAUCGUCUUUGUUUAGCUGUUGCUGAAGAACUGGAAAAAGCCUUUGGAGGUUGGAAAAGGCCUCCGAUAAGUAUUUAAAUUAAGAUUUUGUAUGGAUUAUAUAUUUAAUAAUUUUUGCAGUAUUUUGAAAACGCUACUUACAUAUCGUCACCUUAAACGCAAACGGCCUCAUUUGACAUUUUUUAAAUUUGGUAGAUGCAAAAACCAAUUUAAAUUGUUAAAUAUGUUUUUUAUUAUCGGUGUAAUUUAAAUUGUUUAACAGUUGAUACUAUUUGCAUUUAUUAUUUAAUUUUAACCGAAUGAUUCAAGUUUUUGUACAUAUGUUUAUGCAUAGUCAAUUUUGAAUUUUCGAUUAGUUAUUGGCAUUUGGGUUUUAGGUGACGAUAUACAUACAUAUAACUAUUCCUUGGAAUUUCAUAAAUAACCAUUCUAGUGUGUUGUAAAAAAAAUGUUUGUAUUAAAAAUACAUACAUAUGAAUGUAUUUUAGAAAUAAAUAUUUCUUACUUUA